CCCUCGUGUUUGGAGGGAGGACUGAUGGACGCGUCACAACCGGCGCUUGUAUACACUGAGACCGCCUGUCUGUGCCCACCGCCCGGACGACCACCGUGUGAAGGCUGCUAGGAUCUGAGGGCUUCAUGAGAGCACUAUCCCCGUCGUUCAAACUAUCUAUUACUGAGCAGAAAUGGCGACGGAUCAUAUGGAAAUGAACGGUGAUGCUGAUCCAAACGGCGAAGUUGAGGUUCCUUUGAGGGGCCGUGGUAAGAGGAUGCAGGGGCCUCUAAACAUGAACCAUUACGCCAAUAAGAAAAGCGCGGCAGAGAGCAUGCUGGACGUGGCGCUGCUAAUGGCGAAUGCGUCACAACUCAAAGCUGUGAUGGAGCAGGGUCCAGAUUUCACCUUCUACGCAGUCCUUAUAGCUCUGAUCAGCAUCUCCCUCAUCCUGCAGAUAUUGGUGGGCAUAGUGCUAAUCUUUAUAGUGAAGUGGAAUCUAAACGAUGAGAACAUGCACUACAGACUCAAUAUCCUUGAAAAUGUUGCUACUGCCUUGGUUUUUGUCAUUGUUGUUGUUAAUGUCUUCAUCACUGCCUUUGGUGUACAGCAGCCCCUCAAAAAUGGAUAGCUUUAAUUUUAUUUACUUACCAUUUAGACCCAAUAUUGCUAUGGACAGUAUUAUAAUCUAAUGCAAUAGUCCCGAAUUUUUAAUUAGCAUGGGAACACAUCGUUUUGCUGCCUUCAAUUGCAAUUUUAUUGUGGACCAUUGUUGUGUAAGAAAGGGGAAAUAUCUAAAAGCAAGCAUAUAGGUCUAUGUAUUUAAAUGGGAUGUUUUUAUUACCUCAAGUUUCUGAAACAAAAUGCCUUUAUGCAAAACUGCUUUUUAAUGUAAGAAAUAUGAGCUUUAGAAUCAUGUGUUUGAAAUAUGCUUUUUACAAAUGUUUAAAAAAAAACUUAUGUUUUUAAUACUGAAUAUUACUGAACAUUACAUAAUGUUCAGUGAUACUAAAUAUUACUGAACAUUGUGUAAUCACUGAUUGAGUAUUCAGUGAACUAAAAUUCUUCUGCUGCAAUUUUACACCAGAUUUAUAAAUAAUUGUUUGUCUUAUAUCAUUUAUUGUAUGUAAAAGGCUUGGUUUUAAAUCUGAGACAAAUUUUCUAAUUUAAUUUGUAGUAUUAAAAAAAAUGGAUAGCCCUUACACUGAGUUAUGUAAGCAAAUGUAAGCUCUGAGUGCCUCAGACCUCGAAUCUGUCCACAUAACUUCUUAUUCAUUUUUAUUUCUCCAAAUCUCCAAUAGAUUUGUAUAUCUUGUCAUAUUUUUUAAACAUAUAUAGUGAUGUAUAUUUUGUAAAUCACUUGUUAAAUCAAGUGAAGGUAAUUCUCCACCAAUCCCAUUUUUUUUUUAUUCUAAAGGUUUUGUUUUGUUUAUUCUGAGACAAAAAAAAAAAAAAAAAAAUUACCUGGACGGGUUCCAAAGUCCUGAGACCAAAAUAACUAGCAUUUAAUUAAUCCAAAAUUUUGUUUUCUUGUGUGCUGUAUGCUUUGAAAUCAAAUGUUUAUACCAAAGAUCAUAUCUUUGUUUUAUCUUGGCAUUGAAUAAUACACUGUGGCACUUUUGUGUUUUUUCUGAUUUAUAAAUAAAAUGGAAAUAUCUGUGUA